AAAACCUAUCAUAGGCUGCUUAGAGCCGCGCUUGUAACUAGGCCUCUAGGAUGUAGGAAGUGUGCCGUGUCACAUGGCUUAUUGUAAACUGUGCUUUGGCUUAACGAUUUCCUUGAACUCGACAAAGUAAGAAUGAUUUGAGAUUGUCGUCGCAGGGACUUGUAGGUGCGCCUGUUUCUCUUCUACCAAACGAAUGCGGGUUACCUGUUUGAUACCACCCCAGAUCAUCCACAUAAAGGAGAUAGUGUCGUUAAUUAAAGGUUCAUGAUUGGGUACCCCCUGGGUUCAGCGGGUAGCUUCAGCGCUACCAUGGAAGACAUGGACGGAGCUUCGCUUUGUAGCGAUGAGGACGAAUAUCCGGUGCCCCCUGGUCUGGCAGCUUCACGACGCCGUGCCGUCGUAUCCGAGCUAACGGGCGUGCCAAACUAUCUUUUGAGCGUGAGCAUGCGGCAGCAAGCUCUGUACAGAGCCACGCAGGCAGGUGUGCGAGGCCGCCGAGCGGGCAUAUAUCGACCGGAUCAACGCGCCUCAGCGAUCUCGGCAUUGACAAUGUUUGGCAGCAACACAUGCGUCGCGGGGCAUAAUGGUUCAAGCAUGCCACCGGGGGGAUCGGCGCCUUCCGCACCUACAGGUCACGGUCCCGAUUCCAGAACCUCGGAGGAAUUGCUGGCCACUCCGCCCACAGCAAAUCCGCAGGCAGCCGAGGUGCCCAGCCAGCGAUAUGCUGCAUCACGUCUACAAACUGCAGACCACACCGCGAAACCAGCGCACGCAAGUGGCAGCAAUGGAGGGUUGCCAGGGGCGGGCUUGAAGGAGGCAGCGAAAGGGAACACAGCGCUACACGACCAGCCCAUACCAGGCACAGCAGCCACAUCACAACCACAGCCUCAUCCACCUCCUCUUGCAGCCCAGCCGGUCCCGCCUGCUGCAUCUGGCGUGCCCGAACCAAAGACUCCCGAGCAAGCAGCAAUGACAACAGACGUACCGACCGGCAGCAUUCCUUCUUCAGCUUCCUGCUCACAGCGGCAGCCUGGGUCGGGGCCUCACCCCUCGUCAUCUGACAGCGCCGCUGCGGCGCCUGCCAGAGCCGCUCGCGACCUCACCCAGGACGACGACGCAUGGCAUCGCUUGGCGGCGGGCACCAGGGCCUGCAAUGCAGCGUGCAGGGCUACUGCGGACCUGCACCAGCAUGCCGCAGCAGACGCGCAUGCAGGCAACCUGAAGGGCAAACUGCUGAGCAAGAAGGCUGUGGAGCUGUCGGUACGGACGAACGUGGCGCUGGGGGAGCUGGCCUCGCUUGUGGGGAUGCUGCCGGUGCAGAGGCUCGUGCUGCGGCUUUUGGAAACCGGGAGGCCACAUCGAGCGCUGAAGCGGGGAGGAGCCGCUGGGGCUGCCGCUGGCGUAAGGGUUGCAGGCGCUGCUGCUGCUGCUACUGUUGUUGAGCGGGAGGAGUUUAGCCUGCUGCCCAGGAAGGGUGUGGGAGUACAGCAGGGUGCUCAUGACGCGACAUGGACCAGCAGGGCCGUGGCUCUGCUCUCUGCACACUUCCUCCUGUCAUGCGCAGCUGGGGCGGGUGGGGCGGCUUUACCGCCCCACAAGGCCCCCCCGACGCCUGUUGUAGAUCAUCAGACCGGCGGGGGAGCGCUUCACCACCACUCCGAGUGCGCCCUGUUGCUCGCGGACUCCCUGCUGGUGCACUGCGGACUGCCGGCCUUGCCAUUGCAGGAGCUGGCGGUCCUGACACGCGCGCUAUACGACCUCUGGAUCUUCCUGGCUUCGGAUGCCGAUUCAGUGGUCAGCCUGCCGGCCGGAGCGCCCGCGAGCGUAGGCAGCCUGCAGCUCCUGGUGCGGAUUGUACGACACUGCUCCUCUGCGGUUACCGAAGCUCUUGACACGUUGACAAGGGAAAACUACCGUGUCGUGGCGUCGUGGCUCCGAGCACAGGAGGACUACCAGCGGUUGCUGCAGCAGGCGCACCAAUGGCCCAGAACGCCUGCCCCGCAACCGCCACCGGAGGUGCUCAUCCAGCUGUCGCACAUGGACAGUUGGCAGUUGGAAGACCUGGUGGUUACCGUUAUCAGCCGGCAUGGGGUUGCCGUACGAGAGGCCGCCAAGCGCGCCAAGGAGGGGGCUCCCAAGAAGCUGACGCAGCGCUUCCGUACAGCGUACAAGGAGCACCUGAAGCUGGCGCAAGUGGAAAAGGAGGGCCUUGAGUUCAUUCUGCGGACAACAGAGGCUGCGGCCAAGCAGCAGCAGCAGCAGCAAGGAACACGCGCAGGGAAGGAGGAGCAGCCGCAGCCGCAACCACAGCGGCGUGAUGGCGGCGACAGUGGGGUAUCCCUGGAGUUGGCUCAAGGGGCUCAGGAGCUGUACGAACGGCUCAGCAGGUUCGGACUGGGCGUCCUGAAGUGCCUUCCGCACCUGGUGGCAUGGGAUGCGGAGGCGGAGGCGGAGCUUGCGAGCAGCCGCAGCGGGUGCAGCGGAGGCGGGAGCGGCGAGAGCCUCGUCGUCGGGUGGGGUAUUGCACGAGCCAGCGGCUGGGUUGUUUGCAGCGCAGGCGGUAACAGCAGGAGCCCCGCCGGAGCCCUGUGUAGCCUGGGCAGCAGCGGGGGUGAUUGCAGCGCCGGCGAUGCCAAGCGCUGCAAAGGCGGCCGCAGCGGCAGUGGCGGCGGCGGCGGUAGCUCCGAAGAUCAGGGGUGUACCGGCAAUGCUAGUGGCGAUGGCGACGUUGGAGAUACUGCAGGGCGGGAAGGCGGCAGCGGAUUGGCGGCUCAGGUGGCAAGGGUGGCUCGUGCGGUCCUCGAGGCAGCCCUGGACGGGGUACAGACGCGGCUUAGCGUCUUGGGAGACGCCGGCCUGCACCAGGUGGUGGCCCAUGCAGCCAACGUGGGUUGGCUGCGGCAAGCAGCCCAGCCACACACAGCAGCAGCAGCUGCAGCUGCGGCUGCUUCUGCAGCAGCGACGACAGCAGGCGGCUCCGCUGCGGUUGCAACCACACUUGGCGACGGACCCAUCCUCCUUCGCUUUGAGCCGUUGCCUUUGAGCCUUUCAACCCAGCAGCCUUCUGCCACCACGACACGGCCUGUUCCCCCGGGCCCCGCUCAUGCUUCCGGUGCUGCAGGCAGCAGCAGCAAUGGCAGCGGCGGCGACCCUAGCAGCAGCAGCACCAGAGGCAGCGGCUGCUGCAUGUCCCUGUCGUCAGGACACUGCACCGCUGGUGACACGGGGGCGCAGCGGGCCCCGGGUGAGGAGUGUAUGGCGGCGGUGGAGGUAACGCUAGUGCCGGCUGAUGUGGCAGCGGGGCAGCGCAUUCGCGGGCUGUGGCGGUACGCGCUGGAGACCAGGCAGCGGCGGCGGCGGCGGGUGGUGGAGGCUGCAGACCGCUCUGCGAGCAGCAGCCCGAGCAGUUGCGUGUUUGAAGCCCCCAUCUCGGGCUGCUGGCAGCCGAUUGCCGAUCGAAGUGGAGGCAACAGCGCUGAGCCGCCACGGGGGGGCCUGGGGCGUACGGGCCGUGAGGCGCAUGGGGGCGCAGGGCGCCAGGGUGAUAACGGCCAGGAUGGCGGUGGGAGGAGCGGGAAGGAGGAGGACGGCAGCAGCCGGGAGGCUUUCCAGCAGCAUCUAGCGCUGCUGCACAGCUGCCUGAGCGCCUUUGGCUGCGCGCGGGUGGUGUGCAGGGGCCGAGCGGCACUCAGGGCGGCUGUGCAGCUGAUUGCACAGGCCCACCUAGACACCCUGCAACCCUGCAACACGGACGCAGCCGAGGCCGCCUCAGCGGGUGGGUCCCCCUCCCCUUCCUCCGGCGGCCUAGAAGUCCUUCCCUUCGUGUCCUGCAGGCCGUCCUACCAGGUAAGGCUGCAAGAGGCACGGGACCGCAUUCUGCGGGCCUGCUGCUGCGAUUAUGGCGCGACCGCCCCAGAGGCAGCAGGGCAGGGAGUGGAGCUGCAGGGCGGUGCGAGAUGGGCGCUGUCAGAGGGAUGGCAGGCAUGGCGGCGCCUGGCGCUGAACCGGGAGUCGUGUCGGCUGCUGGGGCUGGUGGAGGAGGAGGGCAGGGAUGUGGACAGCAGCAGUGGCAGUGGCAACAGCGGAAAGCAGCGGUCGUGGCGGCCGUACGGUAAUGAGGAGUACGGCACGGAGGCUGUGGUGACGUUGGUGGUGGUACGGCAGCGAGCGUCAGCUACGUAAUCCGAGGAGGUUGAGGAGGCGCCGCUUAAGUAAGGAGUCGUAGUGGUGAAUGGCGACCGUAGGAUAUGCCGGUAAUAAUACGCAGGAAUGUGCAGCAGGUAAGUGACAAGGUCAGGGCAUGGAAGGAUUUAGAUAGAUAGUUGCCGUACCCGGCAGUUCGUUGUUGCCGUGUAACAGUAAAGUCCGUGCCGUACAAGUAAAUGGUUUGGUUUGCAGCAUGGUUUAGUUAGUAGCGGCUCUGCGCAUUGGCGGUCAGUGCUGUCAGCGGUAAGGGCCUUGGAUUUCGUAGCGUGCUGAACAAGGUCGGCUUGUUGCUUUUGGGUCGGCUUGGCGACAUUGGCAGUCGGAAGAGCGCUUGCAGGUGCGCUUGUAUUUCGCCCAGGGGCUCCUUUGCUAGGUACGGCACUUGCAUGCUUCGCGUACUUUUUACUCUGCUUAUGUCGUAGCCGCGGACCCGACCUGGAGUGCAUCGUGUGCAGGCAGCAGGUGGAGAGCAUGGUGGGGGUGUACGGAUAGGGCAAGAGGCAUGGCGAUCGCCGUUAGGCUUGACGGGCUCCAGGAGGUUGGGGCAAUUGAAGCAAUUACUUUGGCAGUGGG